GAUGCGUCAUCGCCGAGGAGGAGAGGGGUUCUACAUCACCUGAGAUGGAGAAAUUGGUUCAAUCCUCAAGCGCUCCCCCAGCCAGCUCAUUCCCUCACUGCCCCGGUGACAGCUCGUGAAACAAGUGGUUAAGUGGCGGACGACGCGAGUUUGAUUCCACAACCCUAAAUCCUAACGUCUCCGGUCAGCUGUGACAUCACCAUCGCAAUCAGAGGUGCAUCAUGGGAGGUGUAGUCCUGGACGAGGGGCCUGCGGGGGUGAAGGCUCCAGACGGGGGCUGGGGCUGGGCUGUGCUGGCAGGCUGCUUCGUCAUCACAGGCUUCUCAUAUGCCUUCCCCAAGGCCGUAAGCGUCUUCUUCAAGGAGUUGAUCCAUGAGUUUCACGUGGGCUACAGCGACACCGCCUGGAUAUCCUCUAUACUGCUAGCCAUGCUCUACGGGACAGGCCCUUUGUGCAGUGUGCUGGUCAACAGGUUCGGCUGCCGGCCGGUGAUGAUGGUCGGAGGGCUGUUCGCCUCCCUGGGGAUGGUCCUGGCCUCCUUCGCCACCAGUAUCAUACACCUGUACAUUUGCAUCGGAGUCAUUACAGGACUGGGUCUGGCCCUGAACUUCCAGCCCUCUCUGAUCAUGCUCAACCGCUACUUCAGCGAGAAGCGUCCGCUGGCCAACGGGCUGGCGGCGGCCGGCAGCCCCGUGGCCCUGUGCUGCCUGUCCCCGCUGGGCCAGUACCUCCAGUUCCAGUACGGCUGGAGGGGCGGCUUCAUGAUCCUGGGGGGCAUCCUCCUCAACUGCUGCGCCUGUGGGGCCCUCAUGAGGCCCCUGCUGCCCCCCAAGGCGCCCAAAGACGCGGAGGGCGAGGUGAAGGAGAUCCAGGAGGAGAACCCGCAGCCGGCCAAGAAGAAGAAGCUGCUGGACUUCAGCGUGUUCCGGGACCGCGGCUUCCUCAUCUACACGGUGGCCGCCUCCGUCAUGGUGCUGGGGCUGUUCGUGCCGCCUGUGUUCGUGGUGAGCUACGCCAAGGAGCUGGGCAACGCCGACACCAAGUCGGCCCUGCUCCUCACCACCCUGGGCUUCGUGGACAUGUUCGCCCGGCCCCUCUGCGGCGUGAUCGCGGGGCUCAAGUGGGUGCGGCCCCGGUGCGUCUACCUGUUCAGCUUCGCCAUGAUCUUCAACGGCGUCACAGAUAUCGUCGGGUCGCAGGCCACUGACUACCCAGGGCUGGUGUUGUUCUGCAUCUUCUUCGGCAUCUCCUACGGCAUGGUGGGAGCGCUGCAGUUCGAGGUGCUCAUGGCCAUCGUGGGAACGGAGAAGUUCUCCAGCGCCAUCGGCCUGGUGCUGCUGAUGGAGGCCAUCGCCGUGCUAGUGGGGCCCCCCGGCGCAGGGCGUCUGUUGGACGCCACCAAGAACUACAUGUACGUGUUCCUGCUGGCCGGGUGCGAGGUGGUGGUGGCCGCCUUCAUCAUCGCCCUGGGGAACUUCUUCUGCCUCAAGAAGAAGCAGGACCAGGAGCCAGAGUCCCGGCUCGAGAUGGCCAUGAGCGCCUGCGAAAAGGAGGGGCUUAACCACGAGGAGACGGGCUCAGAGGAGGGCCCCGAGACACAGAACGAAGACGAGGGCAAGGCGGCCGGGCCCCAGGAGAAGACGGUGAAUGGCUUGGCGGGGGAGAUCGAAGGAGAGGUGAAGCCAGAGAACGGUUUAUGAAGUGAAGGACACAAAGGAGAACGAGGGGAGGAGUCGCCCUGCUGAAGAGGACAUUUGAGUUGAGAAUGCCAAGCGCCAGGGUGGGUGAGACAUGGGAGAGAGGGAGAAUAAAUCUUCACAGUGCGUUUUGUUUGUGUUCUAUGUUAAGAGGUGUCGCACUGUAACAAACACAAAAACACGAGUUGCUGACUCAACUCACAUCUGCACAGUUUGGGCACAUUUCCUUGCUCACUCAGUGUUCGCCUUUUUCCAUUUCUGACGUUUUUUUCUCAAUCUGUAACGCUACCUUUCCAAUACUGUUUUGGUGUCAACUUUUAUUUUGGAGGCGUGUUUCUGAGGUUCGUUCUGCAGAACCUCACCUGUUAUGUUCUCACGUUCAGAUACCACUUGGGAAUAAGGCUGGGCAUUACAGUUAACAACCAAAGUGUUUUAUAAUCAAUAGUGGGUUCUGUCCGAGCCUGUGGUUAGUGGGCAAUUAGCUUACCACAGGGGAACUACAUACUGUAGUACUAUUAUUUUGCCAGUGUGCUACGAAAUUGGUAUUUUGCAGUGGUGUUGUUACUGUUUUACUUGUGUCCAAUUGUGUCUUAUAAGGCAUGUGUGCUGAUCAAACUUAAAUUAUUUUCAUAACAUAAUUCACGUAUUCUUGGCAAUGAAGUUCCUCUAAAUUAUUGCACUUGUUCUGAUGGUGCUGUUGGCGUAACGUGAAGUGUGUGCGUGUAUGGUUGUGUGUUUUGUCAUCGUUUGACAUUUGCAAGGAACUUUCAUGUUAUCUGUUAUGACAUUGAGAAUUGCAACACACACAAGUGUAUUUUACUGUUCGAAGUCAAGUACACAAUACACAGCUGUGAUGAAGUAUUGAUUAACUACCCAUGAAGGCAUUGUGUGAAAGUGACGGCUGGUCAAUAGACGGAUGAUGCUCCUCAUUGUAGACAGUGAACACGAUAAUGAAUGGCUAUAAUCCUUGAGUUCAAGACCAUUGUAAGGAGCAUAAGGGCCCUUUUGUUCAUAUUGAACUGCACCCUAUUCAAUGACCCAUCAGUGAUUGCUUUAUGGGGGUUACCCACUGUUACGAAACAGGUCCUCUCUACCAGAUGUGCUUUAAAUGCACGGUGCAAAGAACGCCAGCUUCGACUGCCAUUACAGAUUACAGUUCAUGAUUCCUCACAAAAAAAAAUAACUGAACAGAAUAAAACAAUAUUUAUACACAUUCCGAUUCUACGAGUACAGCAGAUGUGGUCGAUGUUGGACAAAAAGUGCGAAAAUGGUACAAGUACUUAAUUUAUUUACAGGUUUUAAAGUACACAAAUACAGUGGCAAAUACAAAGAGAAAGUAGAUCUUAUGGAGCCGGUACCUUGGAUAAACAUAACUGUUGCAUGGCCAGCCAAACCGACCACGUGUCAAAAUGAUCCCUUAAGGGGAAGAAUGAAGAGCAGUGAGGCUCAAUAUCAACAGGCUUCCCAUGGUUCAGGACAUGGUCAGAAAGGCGUAGAAAGCUUCAGGAGACUGGCUGGUUCCCAUACAAGUCCGGGUAAAUACUAACCGCCCUUCGCCCAAACUAGUUUGCUGGCUUAAACCUGUCAAGUAUUAGUAGUAGUUCUUGACUCAAUAGAAAUUUGUGAACAAUACACUUAUAAUGCUUUGAAUGCCCCCGUCUCUGAUUAGCCACAUCCAUGUAGGUCAUAUCAGAUCCCUUUAUUGGAUAUUUCCUCCAAGGCGAAAGAAAUAAAGAUUCAGACAAUGACUUUCUGGACUCACAUUAUUUUCUUUGCUUAAAAACAGACAAAGAAAAACAAAAAGAUUCUUGUUAAGCAACGAGUGCCUCGUCCUCAUCCAUUUAGUGGUGAGCUGGCUGUGGCGUUCCAUAAUUGAUCCUGUACUACCUCUAUGUGCAGGGACGUAACCAGGGACUAUACAAUACUAAUGCUUCCGUGUAAGUAAACCCCCAAAUCACUUUCAGUUAAUAAAACGGGCUCCCCUCACUGCUACAGAACCCAAAGUGUUCGUUUUUCCUUCACGACAUUCCAGAUGGCAUCUUUUUGAAUCUCCAGGUUGGAGUUUUCUGCUAAAACUGGGGUUUACUUAUUUAUCCUCAAGUAUCACCUGCAUGUUGCCACCACCAUUUAAUUUUUGCGUGGGAAAAUGUUUCAAAUCAAAUGCUAAAAUAUUGUCACUUUUAGAAUCACGGCUAGAUCCUUUUAGUAUUUAGAAGUUCACGCAGUUGCGUGCAAGUUGAAUUACUAAAACGAGUCAGGCUGUAUCUCAAGUACAUUAAUACAAUAACAAUUUGAUCCACCACAUCGUUCCCUGACUUUAAUUAAGCGGGAAUGUCAAACUGCAAGGUGCUCCUUAUAAAAGGACUACGUUAGUUUGAAAGGGGACGAGAAUUUAAAAUGACAGAGGGAUGGGGCGUCUGCGUCCGAGGUGUAACUCACAGCCCUGCCUAUGUUGCUUCAUGACGUGUCAACGACAAAAAACUACUUGGGGGUAGAGCCACUGGUUAUCAUGACGCAAAACAAAACUACCCCUGCAUUUUAACCCCCCCCCCCCCCCCCCCCCCCCCAACACCAGGCAAGUUGCCUGGAUGGAGUUGAAGAGAGGAUAGAGGAUGCCUUUUUUUUUUUUUUCAUCUAAACCAAUAGACAAAUAAGGGGCAAAAAAAAAAAAAAAAAAGGACAUGUACA